AUGGCGAGCCCUCUCCGCUCCACACCCACCCCUUCGACGUCUGCAAACCACGGGGGCGACUUUGCGACCGCGCAGUCCAUCUCCCUACCACCUUCACUCGCCCCGUCACCCGGUCUCGUCGGUCCCAGCGGACUUGUCGUUUCCAACCCUCACACUCGCUCGGCCUCUCUCCCUCUAGCGUCCCCAGGCGAGUCACCGCAUCACCUGGCGCCGAAUCAGCCUCGCCAGCUUCCUCCAGGUGCAGGCUACGCGCCAGAUAACCUUCACCGACCGAACGCCUCGGUUCCAGCCGGAUCGUCCCUCCCGUCACGCGGUCCCGCCGCAAUGGUCGGCGCGGCGCAAGACGCGUCGAACGGGCCGUGGAGAGACGGCGACGCACGACCUGGGAUGCUAAGGGUCCAGAGCAGCGGUCUCGACACGGUUACGGAGGGGACGUCGGGCAGCAGCACGGCUGGAGGGCCGAUGGGAGGAGGGGCCGAGCGGGGAGAGGUGCACGCGACAGGACAGGGCUGGCAGGCUGCUUCGACGAUGGAGAGGCCACCGAUGCUGCUGCCCAACCCGCCGAUCCCGGUCACGCACAUCUCGCAGCCGCAGGAAUGGUUCAACACGCUUCAGCAACCCACGCCUCCUCCCUCGCAAAACCCGGCACCGUCCCAAUCUGACGGCUAUUCGACCCCUCGCAUCAACUACUCGCGCCCGUACCAGCUCUCGGUCGCCAUUCCUUCAGGCCAGCACUCGUCGGCAACUCCGUCGCCCCAGCCUUCGCCUGUCGACAGUCGCAAUGGCCCAGUUCCCCCGCCCCUGCGGCAGCGCACGAGUUUUGUGGGUGUGCCAGGUGGCCGGGGGCCGUCUUCGACGCGUGCUGCUGCCGACGCAGCCGAGCGAGCCUCUAAUAUCCCGUCUUUCGUCCCGGCUCCCGCCUUUUCAGUCGACGACCGCGGUCCCUAUCCGCCUCACCUGACAAGCCCUACGCGAGUCGUGAAGGACCCCUUUGCGUCGUGCCAGAACGGCGACGAAGGCGAGUACCUGGCGAGGCCGGCCACCUCCGCACCGCGAGUUCAGCCGCACGGCAUGGCGACUGAGAUGGGCCGCCCGGGCUCGCUCGCGUUCGACUUCGGUUCGAUGCCAGACGACAUGGCCGGAGUUGGCCGUAAUUCGGUCAUUCGCGCGGCCACCUCUCCCGCCGCCGCAACCGGUCCUUCACUCUCGCAGAACCCGCCGCCUCCGCUCUCGCCGCCUCGCUCUCUCCCUCCUCCCACCGUGCGGUCGCCGCAAAUCGUUGCUGCGUCUCAGCAAGCGCUAUCUGCAUCCGCCCAGCAAGGCCAGACAGGCGUCUCCUACGCGCCCACGUCUCCCGCUCUCGCCUCUCCCGCCCCGCUCAUUCCGUCUCCCGCGCAACUCAACUCACCAGCGGCAGUUGUCCAACAAGCACUUCCGCCCCACUUGACGCCUCAGCCUGAGAUCUGCGUCGAGUGCAUGAUGCGCGAUCGCGAUAUGGCGGAUGUCGACGUUACAGGUCCAGGCGUGUGGGAACGAGCGAGCGACGCCGACUUUGAGGAGCAGAUGCGGUGGGAGAUGGAGAACCCGACUGACAACGGGAGCUGGAGCGGAGACCAUGCGGGCGGAGCGGGUGGAGGAAGCCUGGAGAGUGGACAUGGCAGCGGGCGGAGAAGAGGAAGCGGUGCGGCGUACAGCAGGGAGAGCGUGGGCGGCAGGAGUUCAAACAACCACGGGAUGAGCGGAAGGCGGAGACUCGGCAAGGGCCAGCUAUUGACAAGUGGGAACCUGAAGGUCUUGACGACGAUGAACCCUCCUGCAUCGUCGCACCGAUGGCGAACACUGCAGACCUACCUCGCGACCCAGAUCCACCUGCUCGACCUCGAGCGACAAGCCCGCGAGGCUGCCGGCAUCCACCACAUCGAGCCGCCUCCGAUCGCCAAUACUCGCGACGUAAGGCUUUCGGUUCAGUCCGCCUCGACCGCCGCGUUGUCCAGCCGCAAUCGGUCGUCCUCGCUCCUUUCGCCCGCCUCGCUCGCGGCUGAGAAGGCCGCCCUCGAGCAGGAGGAACGGCAAGCCCGCGUUGCCAAGGCGCAACGCCAGUCACGCGUGGCGCUUGUCGACGAAACCAACCGUCACUCGUCUGCCUCGCUCUUCCCGCCUUCGAUCGCUCCGCCUCAACCUCCCUUCGCACUCGCCUCUUCCGGGUCCAGCAUGCGCAGCUACUCGACCGGCGACCAGCCCUGGCUCGGCAAUCAGCUAAGGCGCUUCUCGAGCUCUGGCACGAAGGACAACUUGCCGCCCAAAUCGCCUGCCGCCUCGACCGCUUCGAAUCGCUUCGCCUUCCCCAAGUUCGCUCGCAGUACGACCGACUUGCGCUCGGUCGGCACGCCUCGAAGCAUCUCGCCCGCACGGACGAGCGUCGGCCGCGACGACCGCCGCACCUCGAUGUGGUCGCGUUUCCGGCAGAGCGCUUCGGCCUCCGUCCUCUCCUUCGCGCCAUCCGGCUCAAUGAUGGACAUGCAUCUCGGCCUGUCGCAAGACAAGCACAUGCCUUACGCCCACCCGCCUUACGACACCUACCCGUCUAUGUCGGAUCCAGCCGUGGCGCGACAUGCGGAUCGGCGCGAGCGGGACCGCGUUCUGGCGGUCUCGGGCGGUAACGGGGUUGUCGAUGACGCGAGCACGGGCAAGAAGAAGAAGAAGGGUUUGAAGGGCUUCCUGAACAAGCUCGUCGGCGGCGGAAAGAAGGUGAACACCUCGCCCGCGCCCGAGCGGGCGGGCUUCAACGGCAGUCUCGCGCUUGACGGGUCGUACGGCGACGACGACGAGCUCGCGCCUCCGCCGCCUCUCUCUGCACUCGUCAACGAGCCUCGAUACCACCAGCGCUCGGCGUCAAACUCGUCCAUCGACUCGUUCGGUCCCUACACGCCUCCUCUUCACCCUGCUCAGCAGUUCCGCACAAGCUAUGCUGCACCACUCAACGACCACGGCAGCUUCCGCAGCGCCCCCGCAGACCGCCAAAGCAUCAUGACGAUGGGCUCGUACAUCUCGACUCGGUCGAAGCCGGCGAUGAACGGCGGCGGUUCGCAGCAGCAGGUGAACGGCUAUGGAAGGCCAUCGCUGGACUCGCUCGGCGACCAAGCGAACUCGGGCGGUCUCCCUCGCUCGCGUUCUUCUGAGCCGCACCUCGUCGACAGCGGCGAACCCGAGGUGCUUGCGAUCGAUGGAGAGCGCGCGCCGACCCCUCACGACUUCGCCGUCAACGGUGUCUCGCCUCACCCUUCCGGCAUGAAGCAGAAGUCGUUGCCGCUCCUCCCUUCGGAUGCCAUGAACCGCCAACCCGCCUUCAACCGCCCGUUCGAAUCCUACUCUGACCCUUCGACACCUCUCUCGCCGCCCAACGCUCCGUAUGCCAGCAACGCGGGCUCCCGUUCCGCCUACUCGCUCGACCCCAGCUCGUCGCAAAGCAACUUCGUCGAAGAGUUUGGCUGCGAUGGACACGGCGGGCGCGACCGGUCCGCGACGGUAACGGGCAAUGGCCAGACGGUCCGCAAAUCGCGCAGCCGGUCCAAGGUCUUCUCAAUGAACUUUGGCGCGUUCGGCAAGAAGAAGACGGCGUCGCCCGAUGUUCCGCCUCUGCCCUCGCCGCAGACCCUGCGCGGGGCAUCGCUCGAUGCCGGUUACGCCAUGCAGGGCGACUUGUCGUUCGACGCGAGGCAGGCGGCAUUUGCUCGAUGA